CUUACCAUUUCAUACAAUCACACUUUCUUUACUUUCAUUUAAACAAACCAUUUACACUUUCCACAAAUUCUUCAUUGCAAUCAUGAAACAACAUCAAUCAUUCAUGGGUUGGUUGCUUCUCUGUAUGCAUCUUUUGAUCUUCCAUUUUCCAUCUUCUUCUUCUUUCAAUUUCUUAUGUCAUCAUGAUGAGAGCUUUGCUUUGCUUCAAUUCAAAUCUUCAUUCACUAUAGAUAUUUACCCAGAUUGUGAACCUUCUCAUCUGAAAACAGCAACAUGGAAAAAUGGCAGUGAUUGUUGUUCAUGGAAUGGUGUGACAUGUGACACCAUCUCUGGUCACGUCAUUGGUCUCAACCUUGGCUGUGAAGGCAUUGCAGGUGAAUUACAUCCAAACAGUACCCUUUUCGAUCUUCCUCACCUCCAAUCACUUAACCUUUCUUACAUUCAUUUCUUUGGCUCUCCUUUUCAUUUUAAGUUUGGUGGGUUUCUAAGUCUUACACAUCUAGACUUGUCUAAAUGUAACUUUAAAGGUGAAGUUCCUAUUCAAAUCUCACAUCUUUCCAAAUUAGAAUCACUUCAUCUCUCUGUAAAUGAAGAAUUAGUUUGGAAAGAGACAACCUUGAAGAGGCUUGUACAAAAUGCAACAAAUUUAAAAGAGUUGCUUCUGGACGAAACUGAUAUGUCUUUAAUAAGACCAAACUCCGUGGAAUUGAUCUUCAAUCAAUCUUCCUCUUUGAUUACUCUUAAUCUUCAUAACUCAAGAUUAAGUGGAAAAUUGAAAAAGAGUCUUUUUUGUUUACCAAAUAUUCAAGAGCUAGAUAUGUCAUAUAAUGACAACCUUGAAGGCCAACUUCCAGAAUUGAGUUGCAGCACUUCUCUCAGAAUCUUGGAUCUCUCAAAUUGUCCAUUCAAAAAAGGGCCAAUUCCUCUGUCUUUUUCUAACUCCACACAUCUUACUUCCCUAGGUAUUUCAGCAAAUAAUCUUAAUGGUUCAAUCCCAUCCUCACUUUUAACUCUUCCACAUCUAACUUAUUUGGAUGCCUCUUACAAUGCUCUUAGUGGUCAAAUCCCAAAUGUAUUUCCUCAGUCAAAUAGAUUUCAAGAAUUAGACUUGAGUGACAACAAAAUUGGAGGUGAGAUACCAUCAUCACUUUCAAACCUUCAACAACUUACUCACUUAUAUCUUUCAUCCAAUUUAUUUUCCGGUCGAAUCCCAAAUGUGUUUGGUAGGAUGACCGAACUUCAAUACCUCAAUCUAGCUGAUAACAAUUUAGAAGGACAAAUUCCAUCUUCAUUAUUUAACUUGAAUAAACUAGUUGAAUUAUAUUUCUCUGAUAAUAAAUUAGAGGGUCCCUUACCCAACAAAAUUUCAGGUUUCCAAAACCUAACUGGGUUAAAUUUAAAUGACAACUUACUAAAUGGAACAAUUCCUUUGUGGUGUUUAUCCUUGCCAUCUUUAAGAGAAGUAGAUCUAUCAAACAAUCGACUUACAUGGCAUGUCGAUGAUGCAUUCUCAUCAAAUUCCUUAGAGGCACUGUAUCUAAAUAACAACAUGUUACAAGGAAAUAUUCCGGAAUCCAUUUUCAGACUUGCAAAUCUAAAACUCUUGUGGCUAUACUCAAACAACUUGAGUGGUCUUGUCAAUUUUCAAAUCUUCUCCAAACUUCAGAAUCUGUCAGAUUUAUCCAUUUCACAGAAUAGUCAAUUGUCACUAUACUUUGAAUCUAAUGUCUCUUAUAGUUUUAAUCAACUACUAGUAUUAAAAUUAGCUUCUGUCAAUCUGAUCAAAUUCCACAAAUUACAAGGAAAUUUCACAAAUUUGGUUAUUCUUGAUCUUUUUAAUAACAAACUUAAUGGAAUGCCCAAUUGCUUAAUUGAAACUGCAGGUCAAUUAAGGUUUUUGAACCUCUCUCAAAACAUGUUCACGUCUGCAGAUCAAUUGAUUGAAAUGGCAGUGAAUACUGAACAUCUCAGUAUACUUGAUCUUAGUUUUAAUUUACUGAAUGGUGACAUCCCUUUGGCAGUUUGCAAUAUAAGUUCUAUGCUUGCAUAUCUCAACUUGGGACACAACAAUUUGAGUGGUAUCAUUCCACAAUGUUUUUCAAAUUUUCAAUCCCUUCAAUUUUUGGAUCUACAGAUGAACAAAUUUCAUGGCACUUUGCCAAGUAACUUUUCCGAGUACAUUACCAUGAUAAACCUUAAUGGAAACCUAUUAGAAGGCCUUUUGCCGAAAUCUUUGUCCCAUUGCAAAAGCCUCAGAGUUCUAAAUCUUGGAAGCAACAGAUUAGAAGACAAAUUUCCCGUCUGGCCUCAAACUAUGCAACAUUUGAAAGUGCUGGUUUUGAGAGACAACAGGUUCCAUGGUCCCAUUGCCAAUUUAAAGAUCAAACAUCUAUUUCCAAGUUUAGUCAUUUUUGAUAUCUCGGGCAACAAUUUUAGUGGUUUUCUACCAAAAGCCUAUUUCAAAAAUUAUGAAGCCAUGAAGAAUGUUACUCAAGUUGGUGGGGAUAGCAGUUUGAUAUACAUGGAAUUCUCGUGUGGAGAGUUUCCUAUAGGUGAUAGAUGCACGGAUUCUGUGACUGUGACAACAAAAGGGAACAAAUUGACACUGGGGAGAAUUCCAAAAUUUUUUGUAAGUAUCGAUUUGUCAAGAAACAAAUUUGAAGGAGAGAUUCCAAAUGCUAUUGGAGAUCUUCAUGCACUUAAAGGCCUUAACCUUUCCCAUAAUAGACUCAUCGGUCAUAUUCCCCAAUCCAUUGGAAACUUGACAUAUUUGGAAUCUUUGGAUCUUUCCUCAAAUAUGUUAACCGGUGUGAUUCCUGCAGAAUUAACCAAUAUGAAUAGCAUUGAAGUCUUGAAUCUUUCCAAUAACCAUCUUACGGGAGAAAUACCUCAAGGAAGGCAGUUCAAUACAUUUACAAAUGAUUCAUAUGAAGGAAACUUGGGGUUAUGUGGAUUUCCCUUGACAAAGAAAUGUGGACCUGAACCUGAACAACAUCAAUCUCCACCUUCAACCAACAACAUUUGGAGUGAAGAGAAAUUUGAAUUUGGAUGGAGACCAGUGGCAAUUGGAUAUGGAUGUGGAUUUGUGAUUGGAAUAGGCCUUGGUUAUUUGGUGUUUUUGAUUGGAAAGCCAAGAUGGCUUGUGAUUAUAUUUGAUGGUCAGCCUAAGAGAAGAGUGAACAGGAGAAGGAAUAGAGUGAGGACAACCAAUGGUUCUACUCAGAUGGUGCCAAUGUCAUAGUUUCAUUUUUGUAGUUAUUUUCUGUAUUCUGUGUUGGUUUUUACUUUCUGUAAUGUAUGUUUGUACUCUAAAUGUAAUGUGAUCAUAUUGAAUUUGAUGUACUCAUGUGAUUUCUUCCUAUUGGUGAGAUGUUUUAGAUGUUGUUGUU